UUACGUUGAUGCGGUCUCCGCCUGCACAGACCACCGGCAGAAAAAAAGUGAGCAAGCGAGUAUCUGCGCUGGGUCGGGGUGUCUACUGUCAGUUCACGUGUGGUCUUUCUAUUUUUACGCCACUCUUUUCUCAUUCAAAGUCAAGCCACUUACUCUGGGCAAUGUCCUCUUUCUUCACAGUCCCCGCUUCCCAGCGGAAAAGAAAGAGAGAAGAUCGCACCGCUGCCCCGGCGUCGAAGAAACGAGGCGUUGAUGCGAAGGGAGAUGCAACCGGAAGAAGUGGCGGCAAACGCAGGGAUCAGGAUGAGGAAUCGAUCUCGGGGAGCGAUAUAGAUGAGGAUAACCUCAGCGUUGCUUCUGGUGUUUCAGACGACAGUGGAUCGGAAUCCGACGAAGGCGAGACCGCCGCCGACCGGAGAUUAAAGCUUGCGGAGCGCUACCUGGAGAAUGUCCGAGAUGAAGUGGAUGACAUCGGUUUUGAUGCGGCUGAGAUCGAUCGCGAUUUGAUUGCGGAGAGAUUGAAGGAGGAUGUGGACGAGUUCAAAGGACGCAUCUACCGCCAGAUUGCAUCAGACCUCGCCUUUUCGAAAGCUUCGCACACAUUUUUCCGAGCAGAUACACAGUCGACCACUUCGAUCGCAGUUCACGCGCCCUACGUCUAUACCGUGUCGAAGGAUCGAACCUUGAUUAAGUGGGAGCUUGCCGCACCUACUUCCGCAACCGCGCUGCCCUCAACAACCGGAGAUUCCAAGCGUCGCCCGCGUCCACAGAGAAAGAAGCCCAAGCAAGUGAAGUACGUGCGGGGUUUGCGGAAGGUUGCUGAAACUGGCGAGGAGCACGGCCACACCAAGAGCAUCUUGUCUGUUGCCGUCUCACCAUCCGGAAAGUUCGUGGCUACUGGUGGUGAAGACAACAAGUUGAUCGUCUGGGACGCGGAGACCCUGACACCCUUGAAAACCUUCACACAGCACCGCGAUUCUAUCAGCAGUCUCGCCUUUGCCCGCCACAUCUCGACCAUGAGUUCCGGAGAACAGCUGUUCACCGGCUCGAAUGACCGAACCAUCAAGACCUGGUCUCUAAGCACUGCUGGUCAUGCCUACGUUGAGACGCUUUUCGGUCAUCAGGACCAUGUUACUGGCGUUGCCGCCAUGACGAUCGAUCAAUGUAUCAGUGUCGGGGCCCGCGAUCGCACAGCGAGAUUAUGGAAGGUCAUCGAGGAACAACAGCUGAUUUUCCGCGGCGGAUCUAAGAGUGCCUCUUACCAGGAAAGCAACAUCGACUGCGUGGCACCUCUACCUCCGAACCACUUUGUCACCGGCUCGGACUCGGGCUCCCUCUCGCUUUGGUCUGUUCACAAGAAAAAGCCCCUCUUCACGAUUCCGCUCGCCCACGGCCUCGAUCCCUUACCUCCCCUGGACGAGCUCUCCGCCGAAGUCGACCAAGCCACGGCCGCCCACAACUCCCGCCAUCUUCGCCGCAUGCCUCGCUGGAUUACGGCGCUGGCCACAGUGCCCGGCACGGACAUUGUGCUUAGUGGUAGCUGGGAUGGAUUCAUUCGCGCAUGGAAGAUUUCAAGCGAUAAGAGGACGAUCGUUCCCUUGGGCCCCGUUGGAGGCGUGUCGAAGAUGUCCCUAGCUCCCGAUACGCCUUCCGAGCAACUCCGACAAACGCUCGAAUUCGACACACCCAGCGCCUCGGACCGCAUGGAUGUGGAAGGUGCACCGGCUCAGAUGACUACCGGCGCUCCCAACGAAGAGGAACCGCUCGUCAAGGGCGUCAUCAACGGCCUUGCCGUGUUCGAACGCCGGGUCGAAACCGCCAAACCCGGCCAGGUCCCAACAGAGUCCAAGUCCAAGACGACGACGUCCUCGGAGCCGGAAGCUCGCGGCCUGUGCAUUGUGGCAGCCGUGGGCAAGGAACACCGUCUGGGACGCUGGAAGUGUUUCACCAAUAAUUUCCACGAAGGUCCCUCGGCCGAGGGCCGCAGUGGGGCUGUCGUAUUCGAGGUUCCGUUCAUCGGCGACAAGCUCAAUUGAGAGGAGAAGAAGCAUCAAGGGAUUUUUUUUUGAUAAUGAAUCAUUGUGAACACGGCGUAUGUGUGUCUAUCUCAUAUUCUUUCUUCCAUGUGUAUUUCUAUUCCCGGGCCCCGUGGUCUUUACAUAUCCUCAUAUUCU